GGAUGUUCAACAACAGCGACAGCCAAUUCCUCAACAGUACGCUCAACAGCAACAGCAACAGCAACAAUCCAGCAAUGCGCGCAACAAUGCGUAUACCAUUUCAGCACCAAUGAGUCGCCAGGGUGAGGGCCGACAGGGUGAUAUAGACAUGUUGGCUGUGCUUACGAACGAGAGGGGUCCAACGAUGCAUCAGCACUCUACCUUGGGGAAUACGCAGUCCCCGUCGACGCAGCCUAUGGAGCGACAUUUACAGGAGCAGCAACAACAACAGCAACAGCAAUCUCAGAAUAUACCCUUUGCACGUUCAGAUUUGGGUUUGAGUACGGGUACAGGUACGGGCGCAAGUCUUCAGCUGCAGCUGAAAGAGCAACAACAGCAGGAGAAACAGCAGAUGCAAAGGCAGUGGCAGCAUAAUCUGCUGACGCAGCAGCGACAGCGUCAAACACAGUUGCUCCAACAGCAAUCACAGCAAUCUCAAGCACAGCAACAGCAGCGGUUUCAGCGGGGACAGCAGGAAAAUGUGAUUGCACAGCAUAUAAAUCAGUCGACAUACCCGCAACAGCAACAACAGCAGCAGCGGCCGCAGAAUGUCCAGCAGCAGGCGUUCAUGACGAUUCAGGAUAAUAGACAGAUUAUUCGUGUACAGGGUGGAAGCGGCGCUGGUGUUGCGCAAGAGACACCUCCUGGGCAAUCGAUGGUGCAAUAUGAGCAAAUGCAGAUGCAGCACGCAUCUCAACAACAGCAACAGCAGCAGAAGUUACAACAGCAUCAGGUUCUGGCUUACCAUGGUUCUACGCACACUAUGAACCUGAGAUCCCCGAAUGGAUCGCAAAUGUCAAUGUCGUCUUCUCCUAUGGCGUCGGCAUCAGGGUCUUCGGUGUCGAAUUUGGCGACACCUCCAACAACGUAUUCGAGUGCGAUUAUGUCCGACAUUGUGGGCGUGACCGGGACAGGAUCUCGGGAACUAGGACUAGGACUAGGACUAGGAACAGGAACAGGACCAGGAAGAGGAAGAGGAGGAGGAGGACCGGUGAUGCAAUUGACAGGCGGAAUGGGUACAGGUACGGGUAAGAGCGCGAGUAUGGAUACGACAGGGCUGAAUGGUAGGUCGGAUGCUGGUGGGAGUGAUGCUGGAGGAAGUAUGUAUUGGGAGCAAUUUAGAUGAUGAUGGAAGGAAGGAGGCCUUCAGGAGCGCUAGAGUAUUUCACUGUACUUUUAUCGCAGACAUUGUAUCUGUAUGACUAUGUUAGUAACGGAAAAAAAAAAAGAAUGAAAGGAAAUAUGGAGC